GAAUAUGGGCCCAUCCAGGGUACACCUAUUGCCAUGGUUAUCAGAUGUGUGAGAGCUUAUCACUAGGGGAAAAACUGAGGGCUGUGUUUUCAGUAAAACUUUUUUUUUUUUUUUUUUGCUGAUCUGUGGAAGAACCUAUUGAGUGUGGAUUGUGGCUUAUAUGGGUAUUGGUGGAGAUGAAAAUCUCCCUGCUAUUGCUUGGUUGAGUGGAGUGCACUCCAAAUUGUUGUUGCUGGAAUCCAGCCUGAAACUCUCCCCUCCCUCUGAAUUCCAUACUCCCUCAAAUUUGGUAGUCCAGCAAACCCGAGGACCUGGGCCUUAAAUUCAGUCAGGUGGUGCUAAACAGGGGGAAGGAAAAUUGUUGGGGAAUUGUGUGUGUGUGAUGUAUUUAUAUUAACUUAAUUGCUCUUUGACAAUGAACCUGUUUGUUUCCUGCAUACUGGAGCUACCUACAUUGAAAGGAGAAGAGAGAUUACUAGAGAUUACUCGUUCCACAGACACCUCUAGAGGAGAUGGGCAGCACACAAAUCAAUCAAAUAACACAUUCUUUUUUUUAAAAAAAAAUAGAUCAUAAAUAAAUAGAUGGAGAGAUGGACGGACAGACAGACAAAAGGCAGCCCAGAGAUGCCAGGAUUACACCCGAGAAGGGGGAUUACUCAGCCUGCUUUUGGGACUCCGCAUAACACAUUAAAUCAGAAAGGAAGCACAGGGACUGGGCUCGCACCAACAGGCUCAGAUGAAAUAGGCUAGCCUGGGGUUCAUUAUGUGGCGGGGCCACAAUCCCUGUGAGAAAAGGACAAGCUGGCCCCAGAAAGGCCCUGUUUAUUUCUCCCGCUGAGGGCGAGAGCGGGGGCGGCCUGCGGUAGCUCCGCCCUGACGGCCGUCUCCUUUCACGGGCGCGGAGGAGCUGCUCUGAAUGUGUUGCUAAGCUGGACACGCGCUCGCCUCGGCCAGACGCCUGUUCGGCUCGACCCCGGCUGAACCUCCAACCUCCGCCGCCGCCCCUGGUUGAUCUCGGUUCUUCUUCUUCGCUGCGGGCGAGGAGCGGCUCCAUCCUCUGCGCCCAAGAUGGCUUCGGUAACAGAUGCCAGAUAUGGACCCAAGGAUGUUUCAGACCAGAACUUUGAUUAUAUGUUCAAGCUUCUGAUCAUUGGCAACAGUAGUGUGGGCAAGACUUCCUUCCUUUUCAGAUACGCUGAUGACACUUUCACACCUGCCUUUGUCAGUACAGUGGGAAUUGACUUCAAAGUGAAGACUGUUUACAGGAAUGACAAGAGGGUAAAACUGCAGAUUUGGGAUACAGCUGGACAAGAAAGGUACAGGACCAUCACAACUGCUUAUUACAGAGGAGCAAUGGGAUUCAUCCUGAUGUAUGAUGUUACUUGUGAAGAGUCCUUCAAUACUAUACAAGACUGGGCCACUCAAAUAAAGACGUAUUCCUGGGAUAAUGCACAAGUUAUUCUGGUUGGAAAUAAGUGUGAUAUGGAGGAUGAAAGAAUUAUUCCUAUUGAAAAAGGAAAACAUUUGGCUGAUCAGUUGGGUUUUGAUUACUUUGAAGCCAGUGCCAAGGAGAAUAUCAACGUGAGGCAAGUCUUUGAACGUCUUGUGGACAUCAUUUGUGAGAAGAUGUCAGAGAGCAUGGAAUCAGAAGCUUCAAAGGCUACUGCUGGGAAGAAUGUGCGGCUCAUAUAUCAGCCACCUCCACUGCAGCAGAAGUGCUCCUGUUAGUGCCUCAAAAAUCAGUAGGAAAAUUUUCUCUUGAUGCAGGAAAAUUUUCUCCUCACUUACUGUCUUUAGAAAGGGAUGUCUCUGUGCUGGUGGAACUACUGUAAGUACAUUUGUUCUAUGUCAACAAAAACAUAUUCUGUGCCAUGAAUAAAAUAAAAAGUGGCUGUAAGUGCUAGCAUUCCAUUGAGAAUUUAUCUUAAGGUUUAAUAUUUUAUAGUGAAUUAUGCUUGGUGUUUCUAAUAAUUUUAUUAACAAUUGAGCCAAACAACAUGAAUUCAAAAACACUUCUGAAUCUGCUCAUCAGAAGCCACUGCUAAGACUGAAGUAUGUUUAAAUAAAUAGCAUUUAGCUGUAAUGAAGACAUACGUUAGAUCAGUGAUUCUCAACCUUUCUAAUGCCGUGACCCCAUAAUACAGUUCCCCAUGUUGUGGUGACCCCCAAGUGGGUGUGGCCACCAAUAAGAGGGAGUAGGACAGCUAGGGAAAAGGGAAAAAAAUGGCAGACAGCAUGGUUUGGUGACCCCCGUGAAAUGGUCAUUCGACCCCAAAUGGGGUCCCGACCCACAGGUUGAGAACCACUGCGUUAGAUGCAUGUUGAUAAAAGGGAAUUAAGACAGAAGCAAGUAACAGAAUUAUUAGCACGCGCAGUAAUAAUUUUGAGAUGCUGCGUUGCUCAGUUUCUUUCAUUUUAUUUUUUGGUAGUCUUUCCAACCUAUCGCACACUCAAAUAACCCAAAUAUUUCUUGUUAUUUGGUAAUAAGUCUCACAAACUCAGUGGUAAUUAAGAGAUGCAAAACGUUUUGCUAUAACUAAGGUUGCAAUGCUUUCUUCACCAUUAUCAGAAUAAAUUCAAACUUUAAUGAGGCUUACUCUGGUAAGAUUGUACAUAUAAUUUACAUAAACACAUACAAUAUUCAUUUCAUUUCAGCCAUUGUAUGGAAAGUAAGUAAAAAUAAUCAGUAACUGUGAUUUUUUUUCUCAUUUUGGUAUUAUAACAAAAAGAUUUAUUUUCUUGUAUAUUUAUGAUAUAUUACAAGAUACUGACUUAAAGUGCUUGUAGUGUAUUUGUUGUUCUUGAUAAGUUUCUGACAAAAUAAAAUAUUAUUUGGUAACUACAGGUUAUUUUAUUAAUUUAGGUUGCUUAUGAGUAUAAACAAUCUAUCCAAAUACAAUAGGAGGUUCUUUCAAAUGUACGGCUAUGUUUCAGAGUAAUUUCCUUUCUAAAACUACUAGGCAGAAUAAAAAAAAGAAAUUCAGGCAAUGUUAAUUAUAUUACAGUUUAUGUAGCAUGUUAGGCUGUGAGUCAUGUUGAAUUCUGCAGAUGGCUAUCAUGCUAACACCAAGGGAGAACUUAUUUUCCAAGUAUCGCAUAUGAAAGAGAAACUUGCUGGAUCAAUCUCAAUCCCUAAGGUAAAGAAUUUGAUUUAUUAUAAAUUCUGCCCUCUACUGAUCCAAAAAUGGAACAGAACAGAACAAAACAGAGCUAGAAGGGACCUUGGAAGUCUUAUAGUCUAGCCCCCUGCUAGAUAUGAUAAAUGACACUGAAAAAUGGGGAAAAUGCCUCUUGGUGUAAAUUAGAACUAGGCAGGGAAAACAUGCAUAAUAUAAUUUCUAGCAUUUGUUGCAGCCCCUUCAACUAGUGGUGACAAUUUUCCUGUGUAGCAAACAAAGCUGCUUAUGUUUUUAUCUGCCUCUUUGCACUGUUUUGCAGUUGUUUUUUUGAGAUUCUUUGUACUCAUCAAAUCAGGUCUCAUUAUCUUUUGAGUUAUGCUGGUGAUGCAGACAUCACCUUUGUGGCAUUUUCUCCAAAUACAUAUAUCUCUUAAUUCGGUGUUAACAAAAAUCUGAGAUUUUCAGAUUCAGAAGAAAAAUACACUGCUUGAAGCGACUUAACUAUAUUAUGGACAAGAAAAACUUUACUACGAAGCCUAAUAUAAUAAAUAGAAAUAUUAGAAAUAUGAAAUAUUAUAUUUAAUACAUUUCAAGUUUACCUUUUGCUUCCCCACCCAGCAUUCCAUGUUCAAAACACAAUAAAGAUAAAAUGAAAUACAACAAAUAUCAGCAUGAACGUUUUUAUAACACAAUUGGGUCAGUUGAAAAGAAAUUUCCAUGAAAUUAAAGCAACAAUUCUAUUAGCAGUAUCCCAGAAGUAACUCUUGAGUCAGACUCAACUUCUGAUAAAUUCAUGGCCAUUUCCAUGCAGUUUCCUUCACAGCAAUAGGAAAAAGCUCAUCACUUCUG